ACAAGCCCUGCAGUCCCCCACUGGGCGCUUGGAGCUGCGACGCCAUACCGGCCAGGCGGCCGCCAAGGACCUGCCACAGGGACAGACCGGUGGGCGAGGUACAGGGAAAGUGGACAGGACCAACGCCACCGUCGGGCAGGGGGAAGGCAAAGAGGAUUUUUCAAGGAAGGAACCAGUUCUGUCGUGGGGAAGAAAAAGCUACUCGAUUGGCCUCAGGAGAGGAAAAUAAGGAGGGCGCCGAUGUUGGAUAAAACCAUUAUUGCCUGAAGGAUGGGUGGCGUUUCCCGGCCUUAGCCGGAACAUAUUGAAGGAAUGACUUUCGCUUUCUCCAAGCAUCAAUCUGGUGAACACAGGGUUAAUCCCCUUCCUGCUCGGGGUAAUACGUGGUUCCUCGCUCAAAGGGCCGCGAAAGUCUGUCAAAUAAGAGGCGAUACCAUUAUUAGAAUAGGGGCUCAACAUUGAAAAAAAUAUUUAAAAGCAGACCGCCGCCUACUGCUUCCGUCGACUUUUGAGCUCUUUCUGAAGAGGUACAUUCCCCUCCUUCACAACGACGUCAUACGGAUGACUCCACAUCUACAGGAGAUUUGCAACCAAUGCCCACUUCUCCACCAAUUGACACACAAAGCCCAAAUGUUCAAGAUGCUCUGUUUUCUAGUCCACCGCAAUUCCAACAUUCAGUUCCAAUGGACUUCGAUAUUAGUUCACCGCUGACCUAUGGCACACCCAGUUCUAGAGUAGAAGGAACCCCAAGGAGUGGUGUGCGAGGAACUCCAAUUCGACAGAGGCCUGAUCUUGGCUCUAUCCAGAAAGCUAGGCAAGUGGAUCUGCAUUCUGAUGUGCCAACAGCAGAGGAUGAAGUGGCAAGUGAACAAUCUCUUGGACAAAAGUUAGUGAUUUGGGGAACAGAUGUCAAUGUGGCCUCGUGCAAAGAAAAAUUCCAGAGAUUUCUUCAGCGUUUUAUUGAUCCAGCAGCCGAAGAAGAAGAAAAUAUUGGCUUGGACCUUAAUGAGCCUCUGUAUAUGCAACGACUGGAGGAGAUAAACUUGGUUGGGGAGCCAUUUCUGAAUGUAAACUGUGACCAUCUAAAGUCAUUUGAUGAAAAUCUUUAUAGACAGCUGAUGUGCUAUCCCCAGGAAGUUAUUCCAACAUUUGAUAUGGCUGCCAAUGAAAUUUUCUUUGACCGUUAUCCUGACUCAGUAUUGGAACAUCAAAUUCAAGUUAGACCGUAUAAUGCUUUAAAAACCAGAAACAUGAGGAGCCUUAAUCCAGAAGACAUUGACCAGCUUAUCACUAUAAAUGGCAUGGUGAUCAGGAGCUCCCAGUUAAUUCCAGAAAUGCAAGAAGCUUUCUUCAAGUGCCAGGUCUGUGCUUUCACAGCAAGAGUAGAAAUUGAUCGUGGAAGGAUUGCGGAACCAUCAGCAUGCAAGAACUGUAACACAACGCAUAGUAUGGCAUUGAUUCACAAUCGCUCUAUGUUCUCGGAUAAACAGAUGAUCAAAUUGCAGGAGUCUCCAGAAGACAUGCCAGCUGGUCAGACACCAUGCACUAUUGUUCUCUUUGCUCACAAUGAUCUAGUGGAUAAGGUUCAGCCGGGUGACAGAGUUAACGUCACAGGUAUCUACAGAGCAGUCCCUGUUCGUGUCAUUCCAAGAAUGAGCAGUGUGAGAUCUGUCUAUAAGACACACAUUGAUGUCAUUCAUUAUUGCAAAACUGACUCAAAACGUUUGCAUGGCAUUGAAGAAGGGACAGAACAGAAAAUGUUUACAGAGGAGCGUGAGAAAAUGCUUCAAGACCUUUCUCAGAAACCAGAUAUUUAUGAUAGGCUUUCUUCUGCGCUUGCUCCGAGUAUUUAUGAGCAUGAAGAUAUUAAAAAGGGCAUUCUUCUUCAGCUGUUUGGAGGUUCAAGGAAAGAUUUCAGCCACACUGGCAGAGGCAAUUUUCGUGCUGAGAUUAACAUUCUGCUUUGUGGAGAUCCUGGUACCAGCAAGUCACAGUUGCUCCAGUAUGUCUAUAACUUGGUUCCAAGAGGCCAGUAUACAUCUGGAAAAGGUUCUAGUGCUGUUGGUCUUACAGCAUAUGUGAUGAAGGACCCUGAAACAAGACAAUUAGUUUUGCAGACAGGAGCCUUGGUCCUCAGUGACAAUGGUAUUUGCUGUAUUGAUGAGUUUGAUAAAAUGAAUGAAAGUACAAGGUCGGUGCUUCAUGAAGUCAUGGAACAACAAACACUGUCUAUUGCAAAGGCUGGAAUUAUUUGUCAAUUGAAUGCUCGUACCUCUAUUCUGGCAGCUGCUAAUCCAAUAGAAUCCCAGUGGAAUCCGAAGAAAACUACCAUUGAAAACAUUCAGCUUCCCCAUACGCUGCUGUCUAGGUUUGAUCUCAUCUUCCUAAUGCUGGAUCCUCGAGAUGAAGCAUAUGAUAGGCGUUUGGCUCAUCACUUGGUUGCAUUAUACUAUCAAACUGAAGAGCAGGUGGAAGAGGAGUACAUGGAUAUGGCGGUAUUAAGAGAUUAUAUUGCUUAUGCUCGUAGUUAUGUCAGUCCAAGACUAAGUGAAGAAGCAAGUCAAGCUCUCAUUGAGGCAUAUGUGAAUAUGAGGAAGAUCGGAAGUGGCAGAGGAAUGGUUUCUGCAUAUCCUCGACAGCUGGAGUCUUUGAUUCGUCUGGCAGAAGCUCAUGCUAAAGUGCGCUUUUCUAAAAAAGUAGAAACAAUAGAUGUUGAAGAAGCAAAACGUCUUCACCGUGAGGCUCUAAAACAGUCUGCUACUGAUCCAAGGACCGGGAUUGUGGAUAUAUCCAUUCUCACUACAGGGAUGAGUGCCACUGCCCGUAAACGCAAAGAAGGACUGGCUCAAGCUUUGAAGAAGAUUAUUCAGUCUAAGGGUAAAACACCAGCUCUAAGAUAUCAACAGCUCUUUGAUGAUCUUCGUGCACAAUCUGAAACCGCUGUCACUAAAGAAAUGUUUGAAGAAGCACUUAAUGCAUUGGCUGAUGAUGACUUCUUGACUGUGACUGGGAAGACUGUUAGACUGCUCUAAAUAAAUCCCUAGCUUUACAGUAACAGAACCGUAAAACUUAGUUCUUGCUGUAACAUGACUUUAGAAAAUAUGCUUAUGUAAGAAUACCGUUUGUUAGACUCGAAUUGGACCACCAACGUGAGCACUGAAAAAUGUCAAAAUUUUAGUUUUUAAUGUUAAUUCAUUGAGCACAGUGAAUUUUAGCACACUUUCUCUCAGCAUUUUAUAAAAAGUAAGUUCUAAUACAUGUAAUCUCAAAAUAUAAAAACUUAAGGAUACCAGUAUAAUAUGAAUGCAAAUUCAAGAAUUGCAUGUUGCCUGUAGCACUAUUUCUUAAUAUUAGAUAAACACUCACGAAUAUUUUGUUUGUAAUAAGAUGCACAUUACUGACUUGUGCAUUUUUAAAAAUCUGAAGUAGAUGUAUCUGUUUGACUGAAUGUGGUCAGUUGAUCCUUCGUGUAUAUUUUUCUCUGUAACUUGGAAAACAGUAAAACAUAAUUCAGAUAUCCUGUUGAACCAUGGGUUUUGCUAAUCAGUAGUGAAAAACUAGCAACAUGGCUUGAGUUUCUAGGCAUACAGGAGGAAACCAUGGCUUAAAGCUGCUUGUCUGGUUUCGUAUUUUAAUCUAAUCAGCACUCCAUUUCAUAAAUUCACUCCAUUUUGCAUAGCACAGCAACUCUUGAGAUGGAGCAGCCACCCUAACAGUAUCUUAAUAGCUUGUUUUCUCAGCACCUCACACACCAUGAUUUGU